AUGACUACUGCCAAAUCUAUAAGCAGAGAAUGGCUAUUUGAAGCUAAAAGAAGAAUAGAAGAAGGUGAAUCUUACAAAAGUGUGGGAAAGGAAGUUGAAUUGGAAAAUGGUAAAAUUAAAUUGAAUGUUGCCGAAAAUACAAUAAGAAAAGCAUUUCAACUUCAAGAAAUCAAAUUACCAAAAGUUAGUCGCGGCAGAAAACCAAAUCCACCAACAUUUGAGCAAAAACAAUUAAUUAAUUCUUGUGUUUCACAAUAUAAAGGAGGAAUUUCAAAAACUUAUUUAUUGAUUAAAAGGUUUCAAAAUAUUGCUCAAAAUCCCGAUUGUGAGAAAGAAAAAGAAGAAAUUGCAAAAGAAUUUGAAAAUAUAGAAGAUUUGACAAAAGAUCAAAUUUUUGACAAUUUACAAAAAAUAAAGCAUCAUCAAGUGGAAAAAUUUAUGAUGGAAUCAGGUUUAUCUUCAAAAAGAGAUUACAAACCAGCAGAUCCAGUUAGUAUGGCUUAG